CACCAAGUAAGUACGGACGAUUAGCAUUGAAAAAGAAAUGUCUGCACUACAACUUACAGUUUUUGCGAGUGUAACUCUUUUUUCCUUAGCAUUAAAUAUGUGCCCCGAGUCCAUUUCAACAGUUUCCAUUGUGUCCCGCUGUCCUUCCAAUGCCAUGGAAUGGUCAUCGGCUGCAAGAAGAAAAAGUUGCAAUGAUAUAGGAAAGGUCCAAACGUGUACUACGAAUUCUGAUAAUUUUGCAUAUCAUUGUGUCCUCAAUAAAGAAGCAACAAUGCUAUUUGAAUUGUGUGCACCAGUUCAUUUUAUGAACGGGUACUGCGCCCGUUUCAGUGAAGUAGACAAACGAAUCAUUAACGAUCCGCGCCUGGACUGUGCAAAGUUCGACCCUCCCUGUCCGUCAAGGUUUCCAUCCAAUGAAUCUUACAAGUACCAAAUGUGCUACAAGACUGCGGGUGAAAAUGUUGAAGCUCAUUCAGGAUUUGAACUACAAAAAAAUGAAUCCACUCCAAUUAUUUCAAUUGUUUUAUUGGCAAUUUUUGCGUGCAUAUCGAUGAUUUUGGUGAUGAUAGUUCUUCUGGGAUACAAGAUUGGUUGGAUACAUUUUAACUUUCCACAAAGAAACAAGAAAGACUCAAGAGCACAAGAGAAUGAAAACAAAGACGAGGAAGAAAACGACGCAAAUAUAUCAUCUGCUGAACUGAUUUGAGUCUACUGAGUCUACAAAAGCGAUGAAGAGUGAAAUAGAGAGUAAUAAUGCAUAAUAUUGUAUUCAUGAUAUGCAUUGUAACAAACUUAUGCUCAAGAGGAAAGGCUUCUAAAUUGUUAAAGCAACUUGGGGAAUUCAUCAUUAGCAUUAAAGUACUAGAUAAGUAAAUUGUUACACUGUACAUUUUUAUCUUAUUCCAUCCUUGAAAGUUUAUCAAUGCAAACAAUUCUUAUAACAGGUUGUAAUGUUAUUAAUAAGACAAUUCAUAUGUGGUAAUUUCUAUCUAAAAAUAAAAUUUUAUAUCACAAAUGAUCGUUUGUACUACAAAGAAUUUGAGGUAUGAUUUUUUUAUGUUAAUAUUUAUCUAUAGGAAGUUCAUUACAGUCAUGCAAGAUGUCAGGGGUGCAUUUUAUAAAAGUACUUACGAAAAGUCGUAAAUAUUUACAGCCUCGUAAAAUGAUCUUGAAAGGUAAAAAUUGACAUAAAAUCAUUUGUUUACAAAUAUUUCAAUUCCCAUAAUUGUAUUUUCAAACCAUAAGAAUAAAUCAUUGUUUAGUUGGUGAUUAAUUAGCAUUUAUUAAUUUGGUCGUAAGCCGGAAGUUCUUUUGUAAAACGCAACUCAGGUUCUGUGGGUAGCAAUUCCCUUGUUCGUAUAUUGAUUUAGUAAGUAUACAAUGUUUUAAAGAACGUUUUACGUAAUCGUCGGCUCUUGUCGUCAUAGAGACUCAUAACUCUACAAAUCUUGAUACUUGUAUACGUUAAUGAACGAUGAGAAUGUAAAUGUCAAAAUACUACUGAACAGACUAUUAUGGAGCAAGUUUGCGGAUUUAGCAAUUUUUAGCGAACAAAAUUCACAUAUCAUGCAAUAAUGGGAAUUGAAAAAAAUUUAAGACUGAAAACCGCAUUGUUUUACAUUUUAUGUGAUAUUCUGGUUAGCUCUUAUUAACCUAAGUGAAAAAUAAUGAAUGCAUUAGAUGUGUGAUAUAAAGUAUCAAUAAUGAAAAUGUGAUUGGUAAAUUUAUUGAUAAGAAUUAUUUAACAUUCCCUGUCUAUCGAAGAAUUUGUUCAAAUCAUGCAUGCAUUGAAUGAAUUGUGUUUUUUUUUAUAUAAAAAGAUGUCUGGAAUUAAUCUCUAUAUUUGAAUAUGAACGUUGUAUCAUUGGAUAAUAAAUGUAUUUAGAUUAUAUCUUAG